UGGCGAAUUAUCCAGUUAAUACCAGAGCCCGAGUACCCUUCAUUUAGAUGGCUGACUAGAGCAUAGCGUUGUUUGACAUGAGCGAAAUUGAAGUGGUACAAAAGCUAGACUGCUGAAUCAAAAUGAAAAAAAGUACUUUAAAUUGCAAACACUGGCAGUAUCAUAUUUUCAUCAAUGAAUACCAGCCUAGAUGUUGAAUAUCUUUGUUUCAGUGACGUUUCAGUUUGAUUUUAUCAAGUAGAUAAUAAUAGGCAUUGUCCUCAGUUUAUCUGGAAGCAGGAGUCAUGUCUCUCUCUGCCGAAGAGGUGUCGGCUGCGUGUGCUGAGCCGGACCCCUCCACGGCUGACUUCAUCAUGCAGCAGACCAUGUACCGAAUCAAAGACCCCAAGGCGUCGCUCAACUUCUACACGCGCGUACUCGGCAUGCGCCUUCUGAAGAAGUUCGACUUCCCCGAAGCGAAGUUCUCGCUGUACUUCAUGGGGUACGAGGCGAAAGAGGACAUCCCGACGGACGAAAAGGAGCGUACGAAGUGGUGUUUCUCGAGGAGGGCGACCAUCGAGCUGACACACAACUGGGGGACCGAGUCGGAUCCCGACUUCAAGGGGUACCACAAUGGAAACUCGGAUCCGCGAGGGUUUGGCCACAUCGGGCUGGCAGUUCCAGACGUCGAGGCGGCCUGCGAGCGCUUCGAGAAGCUCGGUGUGAAGUUUGUCAAGAAGCCGAACGAAGGCAGGAUGAAGGGACUGGCCUUCGUUCAGGAUCCGGACGGAUAUUGGAUUGAGAUCCUGAAUGGUGGCAACUUGACUGCUAUGUGAGGUGGGAAAGUUGGAAGUGGCUUCGGCUGAGAUUGCUGAUGAUUGGUGAUGUGACUUCUUUGGGAUUUUCGUAUGUUUAAUCGAGGAUGCUUUUGAUACAUGAGUUCUACUGAUACAGGAGCAAGCCAGCUCCCAGCUCACUAGGUAAGCUGUGACUUUCCGAAUUGUAUACGCUAUACAUACAACGGUGUUUCUUUGGAAUGCUGAAAAGGUCAUGCUUUCGCAACGAAAGCCACAACAGUGGCGUGACGGAAUGACUGAUUUGUAUCACAAUGAUUAACAACUUGUCCAGUAAGUCGUAAACCACGGCCUUUAAUAAUCAAACUUGUUUACGGAUGUUGUUUGGACGGAUGUAUCAUGUUAAGCUUGUUGUUAAAUGAAGGAAGCAUUGGUCAGUUUGUCAACAGUAUGCUGGUCGAUAAAUAAACGUGGGUCUUGAAGGACCAGCACCAACAGGGUAUUGGUUACCUGGCUAUUGGAUUGCCAAAUAUACGUGCACGACAAUAUGUUAAAA